GCUAAUGUUUGCGGUUUUACUUCUGUAUAGGAAGCCCCUUUUGUGGUUAGCUUCGGGCAAGAAACUACAUCCGGGGCACUGAAUGUCACCUUUUGAAAGGAAACAUGGCGGACUCAGUGCUAACGGACGCUGAACUUCGUGAUGAAUUGAAACGUUUAGGGUUUGAUCCAGGGCCAGUGACAGCAUCCACUCGGAGUCUGUAUGUUAGGAAGUUGAAUACAUUAAAGUCUGGUAAAAAACUAGUGGCAAAGAAAAGCAAAAUCAAGCCGGUAGCCAAACGACCGCUUAUCGGCUUCAGUUCCGACGAAAGCGACGAGGAGGAGGCCAAGUCAAACUGGCGGAAAGGUCGGUCCAGACCCGCUGGCUCCACACAAGUGAAUGACAAUGGUGUAGGGAGCUUACGGCCGAGAGGCCUAAAACUCACACAGCGGAAUAACUCAAAUAUGAAAUAUACAAUACAAGACGAUGACGUAGAUUCAUCGCUUUUAAAUUUAAAACAAAAUGAGGCUAGGCCUAACCCUGCCAGUUUGUUUAGAGAUAAGCUUCCAAGAAACAGAAGGUCUUUAGGCAAUAACAUCCAACCUGCAAGCUCAAGCACAACGCGGCGGUCUGGUAGGAGGUCCCUACAGGUUGUGGGCAGCCUUCUUUCAACCACUUCACAUAGGCCUAGGCUUACUAGAUCUAACUCAAAUGCAACUGGUUCUAAGGAAGAUGAUUUUUCAGAUUCUGAUGUUGAUGAAAAAAAGGACACAAAUGGGGAAGAUGAAUCUGCAAGCCUUUCCACAUCAAAUAUUUUUAGCCGAACUUUUUUGAGAAAUUCACCAAUGAGUAGCAAACAGCAAGCAGCAGAUGAAGAAACCGAGGUAUCUAGGCCUAGUAAUCCACCUAGCAAUAGGCCUAGUCCCCUGAUAUCGUCAAGUACCAAGUCUUUGACUCAAUCUGUCCCACACGCUAGUACUCCAGUCAAACUUAAUAGGUCUUUUGAGAGAGACACAAACAAUGAUUCAACUACAUCAGAACAUACAUCUGUUACUGGAGCCAGAACACGUCCAUUAAGACGCCGUGCAACCAAAGAUAAAGGAGCUAAUCAUGUAGCAACUUGCAACCAUGUUGAUGAGCAGAGCUACUCUAAGCCUAGUAAUACUACUAGUGCCCAUGAAUUGGAGACUGAAUUCCAAACAGAAGAAAAUAUUACAGCCACGUGGGGCACCAAAUAUGGACAUUAUGUGUCUAUGAUGCUGCUUGCAUUUGUGUUCUUGUUCUUUGUUACGUUGACUGUUGUUUAUCUUAGCAUGGUGGGAACAGAUAAUGAAACUCCUACUGUGCUACAGAUAUGUGAAAAUCCCAAAUCUCUGUGCGGUUUCAAAGGGAAUCACAUAGUAGCAAUGGUUCAUAUUCUCAACAAGGGUCUGGGAAAUGUAGCUGGCAACCACCUUUGUGGGACUGGAGUUGGAGAAUUUUCUCAGCAAUACAAUAUGUCCUUAAGUGAUGCUAGCAGAUACUUAAAAGCAGAACUUGAAAAAACACCUGAGGGAAGUAGGGGUGCUUUCCUGCACUUUGAGGAUAUGUUGAAGCAUAUUAUUAUUCAUCCAGAAUGGGGCAUAAGAGUUUAUAAUGACGAAGGAGCACUAGGCUAUGUGGCAGAGGACUUCAAAAUGGAGAAUGUCUCCUGGUUAGAAUCUUUGUAUCCCAUCAUGCCACUGAAGUGCCGUAUCCUGCGUUCCAUCUACUAUGUAUUCUUCCGUCUGUUCCUGCUUGGUUCAGUAAUUUUCCUGGUCUGGAGUAUAUAUGUCUACAUCAAAUACAGGCAGAUGAAGGAAGAAGAAGAACUUGGUCAAAUGUAUCAGCUUGUAGAUCGAAUCAUAGAAUUCCUACAAACCAAUGGCGAUAAAUGCCAGGCUAUUCCCCACGUUAGAGAUCGUCUUAUACCGCCCUCGGAAAGGAAAGAGCGGCAGCGUGUUUGGUUAAGGGCUGUAAAGUACAUCAACUCGGAGGAGUCAAGAGUCCGUGUUGAGACGCAAAGCAUUGUGGGAGAGGUGUUUUCUACUUGGCGUUGGUUGCAACCUCAAUCCACCGUCUCAUUCACGCCAAUGACAGAAACGGAUAUGAAACCGGGCAAGAUUAAAGUCUGGCAAGGUCAAGCAUUUGAGAACUUGGACUCAGCGGUGAAGACGGCACCAGGUAUCUACACUCAAUUCCUGAAGAUACGUAACAUGUUCGAUCAGUCAUUAGAGUCAAACAGUAACGAAUGGCAAGUUGAAAUCGAAGAUGCUAUCCUGGACAAGGUUGGUGAUGGCGUCAGGAUACUCCACAUUGCUGUUGAUAAGAAUUCACGGGAGGGUUGUGUAUAUUGCAAGGUUGAAACACCCGUACAAGCUAGCUAUGCAUACAGGGCAUUGCAAGGCAGUUGGUUUGAUGGUCGGUUGGUCACCGUAAAGUACUUAAAAUCAGAUCGAUAUUAUUAUCGCUUCCCACCAGCACGCGAUAUGGUGACCGCUCUAGUGCCAUCAACAAGUCAAAAGCAGUCGCUUUCUAGUAUGGACUUUUCGCGGCCUACCAUCGAAUCAACAUAGGCUUUCACAUUCUUGUGAUGAGUUUAACAGUAUUACUACGGAUAGUCGCCAUGACCAAGUAUCAAUUCUUUUUGACUGCUUCGGUCUUGGCGUAACUUAUACUGUUUCUUGUUUGGAAUUGGGUUAAAAAUUAUGUUUUGCUUUAAUGGUUUCUAUGGUGCAAACCUCUGUCCAUCAAGGCCACUUUUUAACUACAAUAGGGCUUGAUAAAGAAAGUUGUAAUUCAUAUGAAUAUUAGCAUACAGGUGUUCAUGUGAUGACCACAUAUGAUAACUUUGAUAAUAAUAUUCACUUGCCCCAGAGACAAAAAUUGAUCGAUUGAUUAUGGUAAAAGCUAAGGUGCAUAGUAUGUGGCGUAGGUGUUCAUAUUAUGGCCACCUGUACAUGUGUCUGUUUAUAGCUAUAAUAAUGAUAUCCAUGAAGAUUCAAUGAAAGUUAUCAAAUGAUUAUGGUCACCUGUGUUAUGUAUGAUAUUAGGCCACAGGUGUUGAAGUAUGAUUUCAUUUUGAAUGAGUAAAUAAUGCAGUGUUCCACCUGCAAGCAAAUAUGCAUUUUCUGUAAUUAUAGUGCACAGUGUGGCUUAACUGGUCCAUAUUGGAUUUAUGGGAGUAACAGGUGAGUUACUUGUACUAAAAACUCACUCUUAAAAUAAAAACGGUAAAUUAUUUGAGGUCAAUAUAUAAUACACAUGAUUAAUCUAAUUAAUUAUGCAAAGUCAUUUAAAUAUUGUACUGUGAAUAUUUAUAAGUAUUUUCUUCUAAGACUUUGUUUCUGGAGCACUGAACUGUUCUGAUAAUUAUUCAAUAAAACCAACUGAAAGUUAUCCGAUAAUUAUGUUAUUCAAAUGCGAUUAUAUAAUCACUUAAUGUUCCAGAAUGCAAUAAGGUUUGACAUGAGUUGACUUUGUGUGGUCACUGCAACACCUUGGCCUAGCCAAGUUCUUCAUUUUUUUUGUGUUUCUACAUCAAACAUUGUAUACAUUAAAUGAAAUGCUUAAAGCAUUUGGUAACAAGUUUCUUGUGAGUGAUUGGUGCGAUAGAAAACAUCAAUUGUACCGUUUCCACAAAAUGAACUAAUGUUGCAUUGUGGUACAUAUCAAGUUAACGUAAAUUGUGCCUUUAGAUAAAAAUAUUUAUUGGAUAAUUUUUCAAAUGCUGCAGAAGCACAGCCUUGGAUAGCACCUCCAGUUGAUCCAUCCUUUCACCCUCCGAUUUUGAUUACCUAUUUAAAUUAUAAAUCAGUAGCUUGUAUUAGUAGAUUGAGGGAAGGCUAAGGAUUUGGAAAAAGGCGAGUUGUAUGGAUUUCUACAUCUUGCGUGGUACAUGUGUGUGAAACAACUUUGUAAUUAUAAAAAUGAACCAUUUUGACUUUGUUUUUAUAGAAAAAGUAUGUACUCAAAUUUAGUUGUCAGAAGCAUAAUUAGUUUAUUUGAUUGUAAAUGAAUGCAAAGAAGAAACAUGCUAUGUAUUCUUGGUAAGAUGUUUAGUAUUGUAGAAGGGUGUAUAGUUAGGUACAUGAUUUUGUAGUUAUGAAUUUGUUUGUAUUUUAUAAAACAAACACUUUUUCCUAAAAAAAUUGAGAUGCACUUCUCAUCACAACUACUAUUGGUAUCAUAAUUAUUAUCAACAGAAAUUCAAACUGUAUAAAAUUUAUCUACACUUUAUUUUUUAUUUUAUUUUUUAUUUGUUUUCUCUGACUUUCUUUUUUUUAACUAUGUAUCCUCCAAUCUCAGGGUAAACCUUGUAAAAAAUUUUGAAUUUUUCCUUUUUCUCCCCAAUAAUUUGAGGACAGAAGGAUCUCCUUUAUUUUUCUUCCCAAUAUUUUCUCAUGGGGAGAACUAAUACAUACAUCUUUUGGACAUGUGUUCCAUUACUCACGUUUCUGAGCUUUCAAUUUACGCGACGGCGUAGACAGGCUGGAUUGACUCAACCGUGACCAUCCUGCAUUCUCUGCCCAACGUCAAUCUGGCAAAACUGCGUCCUAAAAAGCGCAGAUGAUUCUAUGAUGUCAUUACGUAGAUAUUACCAUCGUGUUGCGCAUGUGUAAGCUUAAUUUUAGUAUGUGUUUUGAGUGUCAAUCAAAUUGCUGUCUUCCCGUUCAAGUCAUUUUUCCCAAUAGUCUGGUUACAUUGCAUUGCUAUACAAAUCUUCUUUUUAUUUAUUUUUUUUUCUUUCUUCAAUGGUGCUGAAACCUCUUCAUUCUUGUUUUUGAUGUAACUUUGUAAAUAUUGUGUAUUUAUGUGAUUUUUUUUUAUUAGCUCAUCGAAGAUUGAGAUUUUCUAGAAUUUACCUGCAAAUUAAAAUCCCAAGUACUGUAUACUGUUUUAGUCCUUGUAUGCCUGAAAUUGUUUGAAUAUUUGCUUACUAGUACAGUUUUGCCUAAUGCUGUCUAGAAAUUUAUGUUAUUUAUAUAAUGAACAAUUUUUUUAAAAUUUCCAAUUCAUAUUUGCAUCAUUGCAACAGUGUGUUUUCCCCAUGUGAAGUACGUCCAUACUGAAAAUGGAACCAAAUUCACAGUUGUCAAAAACAAUGCCAUACCCACUAAUGCCCACAUUGACAUGCCCACUGAAAAAGUUACUAGCCUGUGGUGACCAUAAUGUAGUUGUUAGAUUUAAUAUAUUUCUUGUUUAUAAUUGAUUUUGAACCUUUUUUAAUAAUUUCUCUCAAUGUUUUGGCUGCUAUGGAAAUUCUUAUGUAUUUAUGGUAAAGGAUAUUGUUUAAUUCGGAACCAUAAACAGUGAAGAACAGUUUUACGAAAAGAUCAUAAUUUUACAUUCUUUAAAAACAUGUUUGUUGUCGUAGAAAUGGAAAUUGUAUGAUUCUUUUGAAUCUGUUUGGCUUUAUAUUUUAUUAAGUCCAUUUCAGCUAUGAUGUUUUCAACCCUUGGAAUUAACUGAAAGUGUAAAAUACUACAUUCCAUUUGGCAUAAAAUUUAUUAUGACUGGUAAUCGUUACCUGAUAUCAUUUGUAUUUAAUCAGUCAAUGGUUUUCUUGCCAUUAGUGACUUUUUGUAUGCCCUAAAAUCAUCUAAUUUAUAUAAAUUUACACCUCUGCUGCCUGAAAUAGCCUUAAAAUAGUAUGAAGUGUAAUUUUUACAUAUUAUGGGAUGUCAAUAUUACUUUGGGAGACGUGAUAGUGAUGUGACAGUUCCCAGAUGUCAUUAAUUUUACAUUGUGAGACGUCAUAGUGAUGUUAUAAUAUGAUAUGUCAUGUUAUUACAUUGCGAGAUGUCAGCGAUAUAGUGUCAUUGAUGUUACAUUGUGAGACGUCAUGUCAUUGUUACAUUGUGAGAUGUCGGUGAUAUUAUAGUGUCGUAAUGUAACAUUGCGAGACAUUGAAGUUACAUUGCAAGACGCCAUAGUGAUGUUAUAUGAGACGUCAUGUUCUUGUUCCAUUGUGAGAUGUCAGCGAUUGAUUUUACAGUGUCACUUAAUGUAACAUUGCGAGACAGUUAUGUUACAUUGUGAGAUGUCAUAGUGAUGAUGAUACAUUGCAAAAUGUCAUCUUAAUGUUAAAUUUUGAGACGUCAUAGUGAUGUAUGGCACUUAAAAGUAAUAAAGCUGAUGAGAUACCAAAGCGUGCCGGCUUUGCAUCUUUUGAAAUCUUCCGUCAUCUCAGUGCAUGCAUAUAUUUCACAGAACUCAAUUCACCAUGUAUAUACUGCAAUUGUAUUUUCUAUGAUUAAUAAUGAAACAUAACAGGCUUCAACAGAGCUCUUAAUAAAGGCUCGCAUUUAAAGACAUUUUGUAUUUGUAUUUUUGUAUAUUAAAAAUAAUGCUUUGUUGGAAAAUCUAUGACGAGAAGUCUUAACAGUGAUUGGUGGAAUGGAGAAUUCAAAAGAAUUUUUACCUGUAUGACUGGUCAAUUGCAAAAAUGCAUUAAUUUAAAGUCACUUUAAUUCUCUGUUUAUAAACAUUGAGGAUACUUGUUAAUGGAUUUUUUUGGGGGUAUGGUUAUUGUAAUGAAUGUAUAUGAAUGUGUACAGUCUCCUUAUAAUUAAGUUAGCAUGUUCUUUGUUGUAUGUUAAGCAUAUUCCUAUUGUUAAUUAGCCUUUGUUUCACAAUAUUAUUUAAAAUACAUAACUUGUGUAAUUUACCAGAUAGCAACUAAUUAAAAGGGAAGUUUUUUUA